GAUCUGCUUUAAAUCACAUAGAAGAUAACGCAGCGCAGCCGAGGAGAUCCCUGAACAUCUACGCAUCCUUCCAUUUCUUAAAUUAGCCACCUUAAGCUUCGAGAUACCGCCCCCAAUUUCAGUGUCGGUACGGAGCCGCCAGGCCGGGACAGAGACGGAGAGAGAGCCCUCGGCCAUGGAAGCGCUCGGACCCGGCCCACCUGCCCCUACCUCCCUCUUCCAGCCCCCACGCCGGCCUGGGUUGGGUACUGUGGGGAAGCCGAUUCGCCUGCUGGCCAAUCACUUCCAGGUACAGAUUCCCAAGAUCGAUGUCUACCACUAUGACAUUGAAAUUAAGCCGGAGAAACGACCCCGGCGAGUCAACAGAGAGGUGGUGGACACCAUGGUGAGGCAUUUCAAGAUGCAGAUCUUUGGGGACCGGCAACCUGGAUAUGAUGGCAAGAGGAACAUGUAUACAGCUCACCCACUGCCCAUUGGGAGAGACCGCGUGGAUUUGGAGGUGACCUUGCCUGGUGAGGGGAAGGACCAGACCUUUAAGGUGUCUCUGCAGUGGGUGUCAGUGGUCAGUUUGCAGAUGCUCUUGGAGGCUCUGUCUGGUCACCUGAAUGAGGUCCCCGAGGACUCCGUGCAGGCACUGGAUGUCAUCACACGCCAUCUUCCCUCCAUGAGGUAUACUCCUGUAGGCCGCUCUUUCUUCUCUCCUCCCGAGGGCUACUAUCACCCACUGGGAGGAGGGAGGGAGGUGUGGUUUGGCUUCCACCAGUCUGUCCGUCCUGCCAUGUGGAAUAUGAUGCUCAACAUUGAUGUUUCAGCCACUGCAUUCUACCGUGCCCAGCCAGUGAUCGAAUUCAUGUGUGAGGUUCUGGAUAUCCAAAACAUCAAUGAGCAGACCAAGCCCCUCACAGACUCUCAACGUGUCAAAUUCACCAAGGAGAUUCGAGGAUUGAAAGUGGAGGUCACACACUGUGGUCAGAUGAAGAGGAAGUAUCGUGUAUGUAAUGUCACUCGCCGCCCAGCAAGCCACCAGACGUUUCCAUUACAGCUUGAAAACGGACAGGCUAUGGAAUGCACUGUAGCCCAAUAUUUCAAACAGAAAUACAGUCUGCAGCUCAAAUACCCCCACUUGCCCUGCCUUCAAGUGGGGCAGGAACAAAAGCACACAUACCUGCCCCUGGAGGUUUGUAAUAUUGUGGCAGGGCAGCGCUGCAUAAAGAAGCUGACUGAUAACCAGACUUCCACCAUGAUCAAGGCCACAGCCCGCUCUGCUCCAGAUCGGCAGGAGGAGAUCAGCAGGCUGGUGAAAAGCAACAGCAUGGUAGGCGGGCCUGACCCCUAUCUGAAAGAGUUUGGCAUUGUGGUGCACAACGAUAUGACGGAGGUGACGGGGCGGGUCCUCCCAGCGCCCAUGCUGCAGUAUGGGGGCCGGGUGAGUACAGAGACUGGGAGGGACUGUGGCAGGAACAAGACGGUGGCCACCCCCAACCAGGGUGUAUGGGACAUGAGGGGAAAGCAGUUCUAUGCCGGCAUCGAAAUCAAGGUGUGGGCUGUGGCCUGCUUUGCCCCUCAGAAGCAGUGCCGAGAGGACUUGCUCAAGAGUUUCACAGACCAGCUGAGGAAGAUCUCUAAGGAUGCAGGCAUGCCCAUCCAGGGCCAGCCCUGUUUCUGCAAGUAUGCCCAGGGGGCAGACAGUGUUGAGCCCAUGUUCAAGCACCUUAAGAUGUCUUAUGUUGGUCUGCAGCUCAUUGUGGUGAUCCUGCCUGGGAAGACCCCUGUCUAUGCGGAGGUGAAGCGUGUUGGAGACACACUUCUAGGCAUGGCCACCCAGUGUGUGCAGGUGAAGAAUGUGGUGAAGACAUCCCCUCAGACACUGUCCAACCUCUGCCUCAAGAUCAAUGCCAAGCUGGGUGGUAUCAACAAUGUCCUGGUGCCCCAUCAGAGGCCCUCUGUAUUCCAGCAGCCGGUGAUCUUCCUGGGUGCUGACGUCACGCACCCCCCGGCGGGUGAUGGGAAGAAGCCAUCCAUUGCAGCGGUGGUGGGCAGCAUGGAUGGCCACCCCAGCCGCUACUGCGCCACCGUGCGGGUGCAGACAUCACGCCAGGACCUGUCCCAGGAGCAGCUAUACAGCCAGGAGGUCAUCCAGGACCUCACCAACAUGGUGCGUGAGCUGCUCAUCCAGUUCUACAAGUCCACCCGCUUCAAGCCCACGCGGAUUAUCUACUACCGCGGAGGUGUGUCUGAGGGGCAGAUGAAGCAGGUUGCAUGGCCAGAGCUGAUAGCCAUCAGGAAAGCAUGCAUCAGUCUGGAGGAGGACUAUAGGCCUGGCAUCACCUACAUCGUAGUGCAAAAACGACACCACACUCGUCUCUUCUGCUCAGACAAGGCUGAGAGGGUUGGGAAGAGUGGCAAUGUUCCAGCAGGCACAACAGUGGACAGCACCAUCACGCAUCCAUCAGAGUUUGACUUUUACCUGUGCAGCCAUGCAGGUAUCCAGGGCACCAGCCGGCCCUCGCACUACCAUGUGCUCUGGGAUGACAACUGCUUCACGGCGGACGAGCUGCAGCUGCUCACCUACCAGCUGUGCCACACAUACGUGCGCUGCACACGCUCCGUCUCCAUCCCAGCGCCUGCCUACUAUGCCCGGCUUGUCGCCUUUCGUGCCCGAUACCACCUGGUGGAUAAAGACCAUGACAGUGCGGAGGGCAGUCACGUAUCAGGCCAGAGUAACGGCCGGGAUCCUCAAGCCCUGGCCAAAGCAGUUCAGAUUCACUAUGACACCCAGCACACCAUGUAUUUCGCCUAACUGCUUCAACCAGCAGGAAUCGCACUUCGUCGCUCUCUCUUGUGCACUCUCUAUCUGUCUGUCUAUCUAUCCAUCUUCAUCCACAACAAAGCAGUUCCAAAGCCAGCAGGCCAACCACAAGUCCAGUUUAACCAGUCGGCCUUAGUGGAACUGCCCACCAGCAAUCCUGCACUGCGAGAAAAAAAAUGAGCCAUUUUUUAGUUUUUCUGUUUUGAAUGUGUUUUUUGUUUCUUUUUUUAUUUGUAAUAUACACUGAGUGUGAGCAAACCUGCGCCAUUUCGUCAGGACAGCUCUAGCUCUCUCGGCUAAGCUGGUCUCUACUUUUACCUCAAGCCAUGAUUGGCUGAAACUUGUCACAUUGUCUCUUGGAUAGGGUGGGGCUUGUAAUGCAAGUGUUGUGGGUUUUUUUUUUUCCCCUGUCCUUUUUAUGAUCGUAUUUUAACUCUCUCCACUCAGUCUUUUACAAACGAGGUGACCUGGGUAUCCAUACCCAUUACUCUUCUACCAUUUUGCAAAGAUGUUGGUGUGUGAAUGCGUGUGUGCAUGCGCGCGCGUGUGUAUGUUUGUGUGAUAAGGAGCGAAUGGUGUGUAUGUAUUUUUCAUGGCAGGCCACUGAAUUGUAAAGGGAAAUCAAUGAGUUAACUGCUGUAAAUGCCUCAGUUCUUUUUUUUAUAGUUACACACACACACACACACACACAC